GAUCCGGACAACUGGCCUACCCAUGCCUCCACACUUUGAUGUCUUGUCUAGAGCAAAUAAGAGUAGCACAGUUCGCACCCGUACAUAUUUUUUGCCAUCUGCUAUCUGACGUAGCACAUGUUGGUCCAUGUGCCCUCCCUUUGGUCCCGCGCACUUCUUGUGAAUAAAAAAAAAGCCACAGCGACUGGGAAGACACGUCUCGACACCAAUGGUGGCGCCUUCCUGGUAGCGCACAGAAAAGCCCACCGACACAAACUGCAGCUACAGCUUCCACCCGGCCCCAGCCUGUUCAGCUGCGUCGUCGACUCGACGGCUUCGAUACGAUUCCAACAAGCCCCCAUCGAACCCACCUGAUCCGCGCCGUCUCCCCCAUCUGAUAUUCUGUAGUCCGCCCCGACAACGCAGCCGAGGGAAGAACACCAGCCGUCGACGCACAUGAUUCUACACGGCACGCGGCCCUCGCCAUCUUGAGCCAACAAGCGCCAACCCGCCAGCCACGCUUGACGGAGAGCCUCGGCCCAUCCGUCCUGAAGCUCAGCAGCACAGAGAGACGAUCGACCUUCGACUGGCCGGUCCCCAGGCAGGCGCCGUCUCCUGGACUGGACGUCUGGAGCCCCCCCUCCGGCCGACCCCUUUAAGACCACACUCCCCGAGCAAGUCAUGUCAUCAGCGGCUGCCUCAGGGGCCGCCGGCCACACCAGCAAACGCAAGCGCGCCGCCGGCGGAAGCACCAGCUCGAUCCCCGACAACGUCGUUGCCGACAUGGCGCAGGCAUCGGAGUCGCGCGACGCCUCGGCCGAGGAGGGCGACACAACGGCCGCCGAGACCUCCGGGUCGCCACACGCCGUGCGCACCAAGUCCGGGUUCUCGUCCUCGAACCAGCCGCCGAUCAAGCGUCAGCGGUCGGGCAACCCCUCGGGUGACGGCGCCGCCGACAUGGGCGAACCCAGCGACACCACCGAGGGCAGCACCGACAUUGUCCAGCGCGUUUCCCACAAGAACGGCAGGAAGGCCGCGCCCGGCGGUGCGGACGACGUUGCGGACGAGCCCGAGCCGGAACCCGAAGAGUCCAUGGCACCGCCGCCCAUCGGACAGCUCACCCACCCCGUCGGGUACCGCACCAACGACCCUCCCGUCGGCAGGGCUGUCAGAGUCUACGCGGACGGUGUCUUCGACCUGUUUCAUCUGGGUCAUAUGCGGCAGCUCGAGCAGGCCAAGAAGGCAUUCCCCGACGUCUACCUGAUCGUCGGCGUUACAGGCGACAUGGAGACGCAUAUGCGCAAAGGUCUGACGGUGCUCUCGGGCAAGGAGCGUGCCGAGACUGUGCGACACUGCAAGUGGGUAGACGAGGUGAUCGAGAAUUGCCCCUGGAUCGUUACCCCCGAGUUCCUGGACGAGCACCAGAUCGACUACGUCGCACACGACGACAUUCCCUACGGCGCAGACGAGGGCGACGACAUCUACCAGCCCAUCAAGGCCGAGGGCAAGUUUCUUGUGACGCAGAGGACCGAAGGUGUCAGCACGACGGGCAUCAUCACAAAGAUCGUCCGAGACUACGAGAAGUACAUCUCAAGGCAACUGAAGAGGGGCACGUCGCGGCAGGAGCUCAACGUGAGCUGGCUCAAGAAGAAUGAGCUGGACUUGAAGCGGCACGUCCAGGACCUGCGCGAGAACAUCCGCUCGAACUGGACAACAACCGGACAGGAGCUCAGCCGUGAGCUGCGCCAGUACUGGCCUAACAGCCGACCGCAGAGUCCCGCGCCGCAGAGGCCGUCGCUGCAUGUUCCUAACGGGGACCUGCUGACCAGCCCGCAGCCGCCCCAGCUCCGCUCGCCGACUACUCCCGGAACCAGCAACGAUUUUGUUGCCGGCUACGCCGUCGGCCUGAUUGGAGGUGUCAGGUCAUGGAUGACCAAGAGCCGUAGAAACUUGGACAGAGACGACUCCACCUCAUCACGGGUCCCCAGCGACGACGAGUCUGAAGAGAGCGAGGGCAAACUGAAGGCCCCGCAACCGCGCCGGGUCAUCCCGCCUGAUGCAGCGACAUCCUCCACUGCCGUUUAAGUCGAGUCGUCCCAUUUUUUUUGUUAGCUGCGCCUUGUCGGGGCCGCCUUUGGUGGCCUCGGUUGGGGCCUGGCCUUGACCUUGGCCUGGGGCUGGGUCACCUGGCUCGACCCAAUGCGGGGGCAGCGAUCACCAAACACCAAACAUAUCACUCGUGCUGGGCGGAACCCUCCGUCUGCCGUCUGGAUUCCGGCGUGGCGUAGUAGCACUUCCUUACUCUGACAUCUUCCUUUGAGGGCAUCGCCAUUUUCGCCCCUCAUCUUAUCAUUAAUAUCCACCCACUACCCCUUUACUUUUACUUAGGUAUCAUUCGGUAUCAUGGCAUCUGGCCAUGGGAUACAUGGGCUGGUAGAUCCGGCCACCCGAUUAGUUGGAACAGUCCUUGUUAUCCUUGGGAGACGGGGGCGGAACAAUGCUGAUUGUGCCUUGACCGUUUGCGGGGCUGGCAUAGACCUAUCACACAUUCGCUCACACCCCUAGAUGUACACGCGUAGUAUGGGACAGGGAAGGUUAACCGUUACUCGGGCUAUGCGCUAUCUGCCACUUUUGGGCGGGCAUUGGCAGGUCGGUCAGCCACGAGGCGUUUUGGGCGUACACGUGCUCUUCGAUACAGAAUAAGAAACAGGCUUGAUCUGAGAAGUGUUGGGUCUGGUCCUAAUGUGACUCUAUAC